AUGGCUUGUGUAAUACGCAAUCCAUUGGCUAUGCGUUGCCGCUUAAGCCGUCUUACACCUACUAACCAAGUCCAGUUUCAUAUGAGUGGACGAUUAUCUGCAUCGUCGUCAAGGGUUCUGCAAGCCUUCUUAUCGUCUAGAACGCCGCAAUAUUUUAGCACUCAAGCUACCGACCAACAGGAUCACCACCUUACUACCCUAAAAGUGCAGAAGAGCAGACUGAUGGAUGCAUUGCAUCAUACGUGCUCUUUCGGGACGGGUAAGCGAUGGGGAAGCGCGCCAACCGAGACAGGUAUGUCACGGCUUGCAUUGAGCGACUCAGAUAAGCAGGCUCGGGAUUGGUUCGUCAAGACGACUAAGGCUUUGGGAUGCAACGUCACUGUUGAUACUAUGGGUAACAUAUUCGCUAUCCGUCCUGGUCGUCGUGAAGGACCGGCGACGUUUGUUGGAUCUCAUCUCGAUACACAGCCGAGCGGUGGUCGUUAUGAUGGGAUCCUCGGGAUUUUAGCUGGUAUCGAGAUGCUCAAUGUACUACGCGAACACAAGGUGGAGACCGAGUUCCCAGUUGGUGUUGUAAACUGGACCAACGAAGAAGGCGCUCGAUUUCCGAUCAGCAUGAUGUCUUCAGGGGUAUGGGCUGAAGAGAUCGCCCUCGACCGCGCUCAUAAUACUCAGGAGGUAGGCGGGGGUACUGCGACGGUAAAGUCCGAAUUGGAACGAAUUGGAUAUCUCGGUUCCACGCCAACGAGCCACCGGAGUAUCCCCAUGGCCGCUCAUUUCGAACUUCAUAUCGAGCAAGGUCCGAUUUUAGAAACGGAAAACCAGAAGGUCGGAGUCGUAAAAGGGGUUCAAGCUUAUAAGUGGUUCACCGUCGACAUUCACGGACGAGAUGCGCACACAGGUACUACGCCUCUAAAAAGCCGUGCUGAUGCGAUGCUGCUUGCGGCACGCUUGAUCACCCACUCGCAUCGCCUAGCAACUGCGCAUUCCGCAGUUGCUUCGACAGGUAUCCUAACAUUAAGCCCCGGCAGCACAAACACGAUUCCUGGACACGUGAGCUUCACGCUUGAUAUCCGUGCGCCUGCUGAUGCUACCAUCGAUGCCAUGGAGGCUGAUCUAAAGCGGGACUCCGCAGCGCUGGCUGCGGGCAAUGAUAUUGGUGGACUUCUCGCCAACUCGACGCCAGGGAAGCCGCUAAGUGUCGAAUGGCGAACGGACUUUGUCUCUCCCGCCACGAUAUUUCACCCAGACUGUAUUGCCGUUGUAAGAGCCUCCGCCGAGGCGGUCACCGGCAGCAGUAGUUUGGUGCGGGAUAUGACUAGCGGAGCUGGACAUGACAGCGUAUACGCCAAUCGACGAUGUCCGACGAGCAUGAUCUUCGUUCCAUCGAAGAACGGCGUUAGUCACAAUCCCGAGGAGUACACUAGCCCCGAAGACUGCAGGAUAGGUGCGGAUGUUCUUUUGCAGAGUGUACUGAGAUAUGACCGUAUGAGGGCCGACGGUAAGGCACAAGUUGUCUAG